CCAGACGGAAUUCGCGAAUGUGGGUGUGGGGAACGGUGGUUUUAAAAGCACGUAAUUGGGGUCUCUCUCUCUCUUUCUAUCUCUCUGUGUGUGUUGAGUCUGAAGGCGAGAGACAAGAGGAAGAAGGCGGACGACUCUCCUUUCCUCUCUAGGCCACGUCGGGUUGUUUUGGCAUCUCUUGGCCAUCUUCCUAAUCUUGGUCUGGAUUUUUCUCUUUAAACUUCCUUCCCUGAGUGUUGUUCUCCGAUGUCCUUUCCGUUCCUUUUGUUUGUCUAUUUUGCUAUCAUCUCGUUGUUGGAAAACCCAGCAAAUGUCGACCCGAGUCGCUCUUUUUCUCAAUCGGUAAUGAUGACGAACUGAUGGCGUGCCGUGAACUUGUUGAGUUUUUGGUUUUGUUUUCUGCUUGAAAUUUCUAUCUGGGUCUGAUCGUUUUUGGUUACCAUUGUGCGAGGCUAUCUCGUGGGUUUAUCCGUUUCCCUGAAGUUGUUUUUGGUUAUCUUUGUUUGGUAUGAUAUUCAGGCCGUCGGGGGAAGGAUAGGUUGGUUUAUCAAUGGAUCAGAAGCUCGUUGCCGCUGGUCGCAGUUGGAUGUGUUUAUCGGGGUUACUGGUUGAUUUUGGCAGGAUGAUUGUGGUUGGGAGGAGGAAAAUCUCCGUAGAUGGUAAUGGAAUGGGGAUUAUGAGGUGAAAAGUGGAUCAUUAUUCGGUAUUUCGUUUUUUUCUUGAUUCACUUUGAGGCGGGCGUGGUUAAACUGUAGUGUAACAAUCGAAAUUUAAUUUUUUCUUAAUGGAAUUUAUUGGUUUUGGAUGGAAACAAAAUGGCUAGACUAUUUAUGAAGUCUAGAGUGACAAGAAGGUGUGGUAGUUUCGGUCCUGCAAUGGGACUAACUCGGGUUUCAUCCGAUGAAAUCGAUGAUGAAAUCGCGAUAUCGCUACCAAAUGGUUUCAGUAUGGAUGAUUGCGAUUCGCAAGCGUCGUAUGGAAAGAAUGAGGCAAAUGGGGCUGGCGGAGACGCUUCGUUCUACAGAUGGGGCUUCUCUGGGUCAUCUAUUGGUGAGUUCCGGAGAGACUCAGGGGGCGAGCUGUCGGUGGACAACGGCAGGCCCUUUUCCGUGCUCAAUAUAGUUGAGAGCAGGCUGGGAAAUGGAUCAAAAAACAAACACAGAUUGCCUGCAGAGGAUACAGGGAGAUGCAUGCAUUCCCCUGCUUCAAGAAUUGUAGGUUUUGAAUCCAACAGCGCAGGCUCAUCGGCUGCUCAUUUUGAGAGCAGUGAUUCCAUUCGAUUGGAUUCAUCUUCAUUUGGCAAAUCUGAUAACUCGAGUGACAUGGUUGUGUCGCAAGCUAAGAAACGCAUGUUGUCACCUCUGAAUAGUAUGCUUCGUUCAGAUAGGUUCAAUGGUGAGCCUCUGGAUAUUGAUUUACCAGGUUCACAUGAAACAUUCAACAAAAGUUCUUCCGUUAGAUGUAGUGAUGAUUACUGCAUGCAUAGUCUGCAGGAGAAGAAGAAAGCAAAUGUGGGUAACAGAAGCUAUCUAAAUUUCUCCUCCUUGCCUAUAUCUGGAUGCAACUUAUGGCCGGAUAACAGCAAAAUGGGUCCUCUUAUUUUUACAGAUGGGCCGUUGCUAGAGAAUAAAGUUCCUGCUGCUCAUACUAUUGCGCAUGUAGUGCCUGGAAGCCGUUCCUAUAAAGAUGUAGGAGGAGGGGUUCAGUUAGGAACUAUAAGUGUAUCACCCAGGAAGCUCUCACCACCUCUAUCUCUGUCUCCUCUUGGCCCUAGAUGGUGUGAAAACAUGAAACUUGGUUGUCCCGUUGGUAGUGAUUCUUCUGUAGGGUCACUGCGUGACUCGUUCCAGUCUAAAAGCUAUGAUGGAAAGCUUGAUGGGAGGGUAGAUGACAAUGCUGAGGAUGGGUUUGCAAUUGCAAGCAGGUCUCUUGAAGAGCUUGGUCUUUUACAGAAAGAUUCAACUCUAUAUACUCCAGACACUGGUUCUAUUGACGCCCAAAUUUGGAGAUCUGAUUCUUUGCCCCAGACAAACAAAUUUGUACGAAGCCUGAGUAGGCUUUCUGUUCGAAGGUCCUUAGUUGGUUCGUUUGAAGAGUCGCUUUUAUCAGGCAGAUUAUCAUCCAGCAAGCUCAGCCAGAAAAUAGAUGGCUUUUUAGCUGUUCUCAGUGUCGCCGGGGGAAGCUUCUCUCCUCUUGUGCAGAAACUCCCAUUUUCUGUGACCAGUAUUGAUGUGGACAACUGCUUAUUGUAUUACGCAUCUAUCAGUCUUGGGGGAAAUUCACUCAGGAACGUCUGUAAAGGUCCAAAGAUGAAGAGAAGCCUGAGCAAUGUCGGCUUUUGGUCCAGAAGUCGUCUACGGAUUCCAGCUAAAGGGAAAAUACAACUGGUCCUUAGUAAUCCAGAGAAGACACCACUUCAUAGUUUUAUUUGCAGCUAUAAUUUGAGUGACAUGCCUGCUGGGACAAAGACCUUUAUGCGUCAAAAGAUCACUCUAGCCUCAUCCUCUGGUUUGGCAAGAGACCAAAAUCUUGCACAGAAAAACAUGACCGUCACUGGUCCAGUCCCAGGAAUAAAGCACACUGUACAGCUUCGCGAGGAACCUGCUGUCCCUAAUGGCCACUCUAUGUGUACAAUGGGGUCUGAGAACCAAAAUUGUAAAAAUAUAGAGAGCGAAGGACCUGAUUGUACUGGUUGCAUCUGUUCCGUUCCACAGCAACUUAAUAUGUUUAGCACUUUGGAAAGAAACAGGGUAAAUUCUACAAAUAUUUUACCUGGGAUAUGUCCCAACAAUCCAAAAAUGGCCGACCUUGAUACAGAAUUGGGAAAUGUAAAUCAGCUGGUGAACAGUCAGAGAACUGAGGAUAUCAUUCAUUUUAAGAGUGACAAUGAGGAUUUUUGUCAACUGGAUAAGAGUGAUAUACAUGACAAUGAACAUGUAAAUAAUUCCACUAAAGCAAAUGAAGGUUCCACCAGUGCUGGUGUACUUAGAUAUGCUUUACAUCUCCGUUUUCUCUGUCUUUCAAAGAAACCAUUGAGAUCCAUACAGAGGUGUAAGUCAGAUCCAUUAUCUGUAUCAGAUAUGAAUGGUUUGGACAGUGAGGGAGAAAGGCACUUUUACCUUUACAAUGAUUUAAGGGUUGUGUUUCCUCAACGACAUUCAGAUUCUGAUGAGGGAAAGAGAUUCUCCACAUGGACUCCUACAUGGUGUGACCCCUUAUAUAGAAGUGAGGUCGGAAAUUCCUCAAAAUUGCCAAAUGCUGGAAUCGAAAGCCACAUCAAUGUGUUAUAUGUGUUGCAUGUGGAGCAUCAUUUUCCAGCAGACCCAAAAUACUUUGAUAUUGGCUACUGACCUUUGCGGCGUCCAACUUGGAUUCUUUAGUCGUCUUGUACAUACAGGAUCGUCGCCCACUCAUCGCUGUUUUGACCCUCCAAUCUGUAAAGAAACUCCAUUUUGUCAAUAAUAUAAUUAGUUCAUUCCUUCAA